AUCGGAAUCAUUCUCAGUCUUGUAGCAGACAUUGUCAUCAAUAUAGGGAUGAAUGCGAUGAAGUACGCUCACAACACAAACAUGGACGACGAGGGCCGGCCCAUCAAGUCCUUCUUCCUUGUCCCGUGUUGGUGGAUCGGCAUGGUAGGAAUCCUAGCUGGAGAGGUUGGGAAUUUGAUAGCGUACGGAUAUGCUCCUGCCUCCAUCGUCACCCCAAUGGGAGCGGUGGGGGUGUUGACGAAUGUCAUCAUCACAACGUAUGUUUUGGGAGAAGCGUUCUCUAUCAUGAUUGUCUUCGGAGUCAUCCUGGUGGUCGGUGGGAUUGUAUUGGUG